GUAGAGUCCUAGUCUCGAAGUUUUAUACUUGUAUUUAGAAAAAAGAACAAAUUUGGGCACACUCUGGACUCCUGGACUCUGGAGUGGUUUGGCAAAGAGGAUAAGAACGUGCGGCGGUGCGCAUUGUACAUUUCCCCUAAACGACGCAUAUUCCUAAAGUAUAAAAGGCUCGUGUUGCCGAGUACACUAAUUCAAAUCAACUAUACAAUUAGGAAAUAACAUUAUGAGGGUCAGCAGUUUGAUUACUAUCGCCAGCACUGUUUUAGCGUCAGCUGUAUCAGCUGUUCCGGCUCGCAGGGAUGCAGAGACAUCGAUCAUCUGCAAUCUUGCAUGGUCAAAUAGUGGCCAAGCUAUGAAUACUAGCUGUGUGGGUGCGGAUGUUAUUUUCGCGGAUCCCAUGACUGCGGAUGAGCGUGUGAAUUCUUCCCUGAAGACUCACACAUACGGAGGUCGUGCCGUCGAUGUAAUGGCGUACUUGAGUGUGGGUACAGUCAAUCCACUUUAUGCGCCCGAUUCGAGACUAGUCGAGCUCGGGUGGAAGCAGAAUCUGGACCAGAAUAGUGAGGGUGAGCUCUGGGGUGACUAUGUCUUCAAUCCAGAUGAAUUGGUAACGAAAGUUCUACCGGUCAUGAAGGACAUUAUCAGCAGCUACAAAGCGCUCGGAUACACAAUGAUAUCCUCUGAUAACGCAAAGCCAUCAACGGCAGUGACAGAAAACGAUGCUCAGGCUGCCCAAUAUGCAGCUAACGACAGAAUUGAUCCACGUUAUGUUGAAUAUAUGCAACAAAUCGUGGAUUAUGCUCAUUCUAUCGGCGUUAAGGUAACUUUGAAGAAUCCGUCAUACUACGUAAAUGAACCGACCGUGAUUGAUGAUUUCGAUGCUUAUAUCAUUGAAUCUAUGUUCAACUACUACCCAUGGGACGUAGACACAAAUGAACCCAUUCUAUAUUCGACGAAACCUGUAUGGCUCUUCCAGUACCCAGGAAUUAACGGUUUGACAGAGGAGAUGCUGAAGGAGUAUAUGGUAGAACGCGACAUUCAUUUGGUCUAUUUGGACUCCACUACUGGAUACCAUCAAUUCACUGCUUAAAUAUUCUAGAAUAAAUAUAAGUAAUUAGGCUCAUUUGUGAAAUUGAAUGAUCAGUGUGUAAUACUCAUGUGCGAGUUCAAUAGGAUGUUAUAUAAGCCGAAUCAUAAAUGUCGAAGGAAGUAAAUAUUGCUACCAUGUUGGUGAUGCCAGUCAAGCUUUUAAUAGGUACAUAUAAAUUUGCGGCCUAACGUACAAUGAGAUAUGAAGAGCGGUUGGAAAAGUUACCUGCGCAUUCAAUAGAUGUUAUAUAAACCGAAUCAUAAAUAAAUGCUGCUACCAUGUUGGUGAUGCCAGUCAAACUUUUAAUAGGUACAUAUAAAUCUGCGGCCUCUAACGUGUAAUUAGAUUUUAAGAGCGGUUGGAAAAGUUAUCUGAGGCUACCGCCUAAAUAGUUAUGUUUAGUGUUAAAUCCAAUAAAGCUGAUAAAUCUAGAGGGAGAACGAGUCGAUAAAUCCAACGAGAAAGGUUCUUAACUCUCACCAUCAUAGAUCAAACAAUGUUUGAUGGAAUCCCGAGCUUGUGCCCGUAUAUACGGUGUGAAUCUUGUGUUUUUACCAAUUUUGCCGUCUGACAAGUCGUUGGUACCGGGGCAUAUUGUAUUAAUCAUACAUGUUUCUUCGUUUUCAAGAUCAGCGGGUUUGUGUCCAAAUCCCAAAUAUUUGAGAAUUAAAGAUGUAAGCGUCAAACCUAAUCUACCAUUUCUUCACUAACGUAGUACGAGGGGUUCUUUAACGUAACUUUCGUAUUGAGUGAAUGUGUAUAGUCAACUACUUGUAUCCUACAUAAUGCGCGACCAUUCGACCGAAGAAGCUAUGCUUCAUAGACUCC